CAGAGCCCGCCGUUCUUGUUGUAAGACCAAGGACACCACAUGGACACGUAUGCCAUCUCUCGCAACGCCUGGUAUUAAAUUUCAUAGAUCUCAUACAUUUUUCAUUGUGACGCCGCUCGUGGAGCUUAAAUAUACGACACAAGGUGCAAUAAACUGAGACGAGCGCUUUUUUGCGCUCACAUGCAUAAAAUAAUAGCAAAAUAAAAAGCCAAGGUCAUCACAAAGCCCGCCAGCGGAAUACCAGCCAACUAUUCGACAUUUACACUCAUUUACAAUCAAUAUUAUUCUUAACACAAGCACAGAAGGCUUAAAAUAGAAUGAGUUGUAUUUUCUCAGACGCAAAUAGCUUGGCAAAUGAAAUAAAUAAUCGAAAUCAACUCUAGUUAGUCGGUUGUGUUCGAGCGUGUCACUUGUGCCGGUGUUUAAAAUGAACUUUAUUUCUGCGUCGAUAUGGACGCUAGAGAACCACUGUUUUAUUGUGUACACGAUGUUAUUGGUUUCUUUCGUGGUGUUUACUUUGUUUCAUAAGAAAAGGGUUGAGGCUCAAGCGGCGAGGCAUAAUGCCAAAAGAUUGGCGCCAAAUGGACCGGGGACCGGGAGAGAACGUGAACGCGAUUUUCCUGAGGACGACCCGGACCCGAUCCUGACUUCUGCCAUCCCUGAAGAUACGCCCCACAUCCCAUACAAGCCGGUCCACCGUUCUGAUGACAAGAUCCUGCAACGGUCUAGGGAAUAUUAUGAGCUGAUGGCACAGCGGCGGUCGGUGAGGAUGUUCAGCACAGAGCCCGUUCCACAGGAGGUUAUUGAUAACAUCAUUAAGACUGCAGGCACCUCACCAUCAGGAGCCCACACCGAGCCCUGGACAUUCGUCGUCGUCCAAGACCCAGAAGUGAAAGAAGCCAUUCGUGAAAUCGUAGAAGAAGAAGAAGAUCUCAACUACCGACAGAGGAUGUCCAAGCAAUGGACAACAGACUUGAAGCCUUUCCGGACGAAGGCUAAAAAGCCUUAUUUGUCUGAUGCUCCUGCGUUGCUGCUGGUGUUUCGGCAGACGCACUCUUGGAAAGAAGAUAAUACCAAGAGGAUGCAUUAUUAUAGUGAGAUCAGUGUGGCUAUUGCUGCUGGGAUAUUACUGGCUGCGAUACAGUAUUGCGGUCUGGUAGCUUUAACAUCAACUCCUCUAAACUGCAAUGCGCGCCUCAAAGCGCUGCUGUGCAGGCCAAACAACGAGCGUCUGGAACUGCUGCUGCCGGUCGGCAGGCCUCACGAGGGCGCCACUGUGCCAGAUCUUCAGCGGAAGACCCUGGAACAGAUCAUGGUCAAGAUCUGAUUAGUCACCAACUAACAACCCUUAAAAAAACCCAUUGCGCGAAGAACUUUCGGUCUAUACAGUCAGUAACCCGAAGGUUACUAAAGUACAAGUGCUUUAUUAGUUUCUUACAAAGUUGAGUUCAAAACAUCUUUACAAACCAAGGUUCCAAAAAUAUAUUAAAAAAAUAUAUGCAUAAGACACUGCCAAAUAUUUUUUUUUUUUGUUAGCUUAGCUUGUAAAGUUUUUUUCAUUUCUCAUGCUCUGAAAGUGUGUCAUUGUUUUUCUAUGAAGUGUGCAGAAAGUGAUACCUACGUUUCUGCUCGAGAGCAUUUUACUUUCCAAGUGCUUUUUCAAUUUUUUUUUACGAUCAGCAGUUAACCUUUUACCGUAUAUGCAACCAUAUAUGGCAUUUAUAAUAUUCAACUCUAUUUAUAGCUAUUAAAGUUCAAAUUUAAACAAAAUAUUUUUAUUACAUGCAUUAAGGGGUUAAAAUUAGAUUUUAAAUGGAUUUGUUCUACAAUCCCCAUUCCAUAAAUAACUUCACGUUUAGCUAAAUUGUUAAUUGAAAGUCUCAUUUUGUAUGGGAUUUUGAGUUUUCAAAACGUCCCGCUUGGCGCGCUGUUUCUGAAUCCCAUACAAAAUUAGACUUGACGCAAACGCGUACGUCACGUUUCGCUAUCGAAUAAAUGUACACUAGGGGCUCUGUUUUUAAAUAAUUUUACUUUCCUCGUAUUCAAAAUGACAAAUGUUAUACUUAAUAAUUAUAUAGGUACUUAGUCGUUUGUUUUUAAAUAAUUUUAAUUUCCUUGUAUUCAAAAUGAUAAAUAACUGCUUGCUUAACUCGGGUGAAAGGCACCAUUUCAGUCUCGUAGUAUUGGCGCUCUGCGUUCGAGCACCAAACUACCUCGUCUGAAUCGAGUGUCUUUCAUCCCUUGGUUAAACAAUCUACCAUUGUGAACUUGACAUCAGUGUUGGGCAAAAAGUAGUUGGAUUACAGAUUAACGAUAACAAGAAAAUGUAGUUGUAACUACAAAUUACAAUUACUAGGAAAAAGUAGUUGAGCCUUUGAUUGACGAUUACUAACCACAUUUUGUAGUUAGUAAUGGAAUUAAUAACUACAUUUUGUAAUUAUAAUCUGUAAUAAAUUAAUUUAUGCGAUUACAAAUUACUUUUACUCAAAAGAAAUGAC